UCGCGCUUGUCGUGGAAGCGCACGAAGGCGAAGCCGCGCGACUCCUUGGUGUAGCGGUCCCGCGGGAUGUACACGUCGCCGACGCGCCCAUACUUCUCGAAGACGCGCCGGAGUGUGUCGGGCGAGGUGCGGUAGGUGAGGUUGUCCACCUUGAGGGAGGUCAUGCCCUCCACAUCGGGAGGCGGGCGCCCGUAACUCAUGGCUCCUGGGCGGCCUGGGGCCCAGCGACCUAGCGCCGAGACUCUAACGCCCUGGGAGGGACCGCGCGCUCAGAAGCCGCUGCUCUCCCUGGUCCUAUCUGCCGCAAGCCGCGCCUCUCCAGUGGCAGUUGUCCGCGUGCAGAAGCGGGAGCGGCCCAGCGAGCAAGCGCAAGACACGGCAAAGCCCAGCGUACCCGACCAGCAACUGAGCUGGCGUCCGGCCCCACGCGUAUUUAUAGUCCUCCUCACAAAAUGGCGCCCGCGCCACCCGGAAAUAAAUCCUGUGAUUGGUCCGUCCCUCCCCCUCCCAUAACGUCGCCGCCGCGCGCCUGGCUCCUGCCCAAUGCGCCUGCGCAAGUCCCGGCGGGCGGGCCAAAAAGCGCGCAGUCACUGCAGUGGGGAGGGGGAGCGGCCCUUGCAGACAGUUGGAAAGCCCGCCAAAGGCUCUUUUCCGCCGGCGACACAGAGGGAGCGCGCUCGCGUGAAGAGGAAGAGGAGGUGCUCACUACCUGGACCCGCCUUCCCUCCCCCCCAUACCAAUAACCAGCCUCCACGCCUCCUCUUCGACCCAGCCCUCAGCCUCGCGUCUUUCAAAAGGAGGGUACAGUAGCCCUUCAUUUGCCUCUCCGUUCCCUGGUCACUUUAGACCUCGUCACGUCACUGACACACACUUCAACUCGAUGAACUACGCCCCCUCCCCGUCAGUCCCCCUAGACCUAGCCCGCUCCUUCCCUUCCUCCAGGGGCGAGGGCGGGGCCUGCGCGCCCCCGUGCAGUUCAGGACUACAUUUCCCGGCGGGCCCCGCGGCCGCAGUCAGCUGACAGGUCGCGUGACCCCCGGUGAGCCAGGUCCGGAGGGCGGGGCCCCGCGGCCGCUGCAGCUCGCCCUUGCUCCUAAAUCCCUCCUGGCGGGCCCCUCACCGAAAGCGGCUUGGUGCGGUCGGGCGGGUGUCUUCCGUCCUCGGACCGCGUUCCUGGCAUGUCGUAGCCGUGGUCCGUGGGGAAAACUUCGCCCUCAGCCGGGAUUCUGAUCGCAGAGGUGGAAGUUGACAGCUUGGCUGCCCGGCUCCGGGAUCUGUCUCCGGCCAUCGUCUGGGUUUCUCCUGCCUUCCACGGUUUUUGCCUCUGGGUUCUCCUGGAGCCAAGCUGACCGUGCCAGGCCGCCGCUGACCUCCGGCAGUGAGGGGCCAAGAUGUCCCCGGAAUCUAAAAAGCUUUUCAACAUCGUUAUCUUAGGUGUUGCCUUUAUGUUUCUGUUCACCGCCUUUCAAACUUGUGGAAAUGUGGCGCAAACUGUCAUCAGGAGCUUAAAUAGUACAAAUUUUCAUGGCAGUGGAUACACCAGCAUGGCCAUUAUCUACGGAGUGUUUUCUGCUUCGAAUCUGAUCACCCCAUCAGUGGUUGCAGUCAUAGGACCUCAGAUUUCCAUGUUUGUCAGUGGCUUAUUUUACAGCAUGUACAUUGCCGUUUUUAUCCAGCCUUUCCCAUGGUCCUUCUACACAGCAUCAGUUUUCAUUGGAAUUGCAGCUGCUGUGCUUUGGACUGCGCAAGGAAAUUGCCUGACAAUAAAUUCAGAUGAGCACACAAUCGGGAGAAACAGUGGCAUUUUCUGGGCACUCUUACAAUCUAGCUUGUUCUUUGGAAACCUCUACAUAUAUUUUGCCUGGCAAGGGAAAACUCAAAUAUCAGAGAGUGACCGGAGAACUGUGUUUAUUGCCCUAACAGUGAUUAGCCUUGUGGGGACAGUCCUAUUCUUUCUCAUUCGAAAACCAGAUUCAGAGAAUGUUCUUGGAGAAGAUGAAUCUUCUGAUGACCAGGACAUGGAAGUUGUCGAGUCUGCCCAGAACAAUAUGACAAAGGCAGUAGAUGCAUUUAAAAAGUCUCUUAAGCUAUGCAUCACCAAGGAGAUGCUCCUUCUCAGCGUUACGACGGCCUACACAGGUCUGGAGUUAACUUUCUUCUCUGGUGUAUAUGGAACCUGCAUUGGUGCUAUAAACAAAUUUGGAACAGAAGAGAAAAGCCUCAUUGGGCUUUCUGGAAUUUUCAUUGGCAUUGGAGAAAUUUUAGGUGGAAGCCUCUUUGGCCUGCUGAGCAAGAACAGUCGCUUUGGCAGAAACCCUGUUGUGCUGCUGGGCAUCGUGGUGCACUUUGUAGCCUUCUACUUGAUAUUUCUCAACAUGCCUGGAGACGCCCCAAUUGCCCCCGUGGAAGGAACCAACAGCAGUGCUUACAUCAGGCCCAGCAAAGAAGUGGCCGUUCUGUGCAGCUUUCUGCUGGGCCUGGGAGACAGCUGCUUUAACACUCAGUUACUCAGCAUCUUGGGCUUCCUGUACUCGGAGGACAGUGCGCCAGCCUUCGCCGUCUUCAAGUUUGUUCAGUCGAUCUGCGCAGCCGUGGCAUUUUUCUACAGCAACUACCUUCUACUUCACUGGCAACUCCUAGUCAUGGUGAUGUUUGGUUUUUUUGGGACUAUUUCAUUCUUUACUGUGGAAUGGGAGGCCGCUGCCAUCGUGGCCCGAGGCUCGGACUACCGAAGUAUCUGACGGAGGUGCCCUGGUGAGUCUGAGGAAGCCUAGCUGCUCCUGGCCUGUCAGCUUCACAGCAGCCCGGCUGCCGCUGGGUGUCAACAUCACACGGUUAAGACUGCUAAGUCAGCCAGAGGUGGAACCAACGUUUACAGACACUAGCUGUUCACAGCCGGUUGGAAUAAGGGAGUCCUGUUUUGUCAGUUGUCGUCAUUGAAAGAUGCUUUCACUUAUCUGUCUCUGGUUCCUCCUAAUCAUGUUGUACAGUGCAAAUGCUUGCUCCUCUGGUCCUCUCUGAAACUCCCCACCUGACUGGAAAUCCCAGGCUGUGUGUCCUGGGACGACUCUUGCUGGAUGUGGAGUUUGCUGUGCUGCUUAGUGAUAGGGAGCCCCAGCCACUCCACCCGGGUGUCUGGCAAUAAAGAGCAACAUGCUGAAA